AGUUGGGAAAUACAUAUAGAUAGAUGUCCGUGUGUUGACUGCGUGAGUUACUAGGGUUUGAGAUUUGGUGCAAUUCGAAAUCGAAAGCAAGCAAGCAUGGGUCACUCCAAUGUCUGGAAUUCUCACCCUAAGACCUACGGACCUGGUUCUCGCACCUGCCGUGUGUGUGGAAACUCACAUGGAUUGAUCAGGAAGUACGGACUCAUGUGCUGCAGGCAGUGCUUCCAUAGCAAUGCCAAGGAGAUUGGCUUCAUUAAGUAUCGUUGAAAAGCUCUGAGUCCUUUUCGGGGGUUGCAGAAUGAUAUGCCAGCAGGAUGAUUUUAGUUUUUUAUGAACUUGUAAUUUUUGGCUUUUUGUUAAUCGACUACUCGGUUAUCAAACUUGAGUUGUGAGACUAAACACAUAUUUACUUUCUACUUAGCUGAUGACAUUUUCUCUUUAUUCAUCACUGGAGUUAUAAAUUAAAUGUUGGCAUCUA